AUGGUUGAUGAAACAGGAAAAUUCAAAGGUAUGGCUUUUCUAACAUAUCAAAAGGCCUCAGAUGCUAAAUAUUGCAUAAAGGAUUUGAAUGAUGCUAAUUUUGAAGGCAAAAGGCUCGUAGUUAGAGAAGCAAAAAAUCAAACGAAUUCAAUUAAAGAUCCAAAUAGGAAAAAGGAAAAGCCACCACCAUUCCAAAUUUGUUCGGAUAUUAAACAGACUCCUGAAAUUGUUCAAUACGUUGGUAUGUUGAAUCAAUUGAAAGAAACAUUCUUACGAGCUUGCGAAAACCUUGCUAAAGAAUCUUAA